AUGUCCGAGGAGUCGGCCCCGGGCCCCAAAGAGAGCCCGCCAGCGGCGCCGCGGGCAGGCUCCCGCGAGGUGUGGAAGAAGGGCGGCCGUCUGCUGUCCGUGCUGCUGGCCGUGAACGUACUGCUUCUCGCCUGCACGCUCAUCAGUGGCGGCGCCUUCAACAAGGUAGCGGUGUAUGACACCGACGUGUUCGCGCUGCUCACUACCAUGAUGCUGCUCGCCUCCCUCUGGAUCCUCUUCUACCUCCUCCGGACCGUGCGCUGCCCCGACGCCGUCCCCUAUCAGGACGCGCACGCCGGCCCCAUCUGGCUCCGAGGUGGGCUGGUGCUGUUUGGGAUCUGCACUCUUGUCAUGGAUGUCUUCAAGACUGGCUACUACUCCAGUUUCUUUGAGUGCCAGUCAGCCAUCAAGAUCCUGCACCCUCUCACCCAGGCUGUGUUUGUCAUCGUCCAGACUUACUUUCUCUGGGUCUCCUCUAAAGACUGCAUUCACGUCCAUCUGGAUCUGACCCGGUGUGGUCUCAUGUUCACCCUCACCACCAACCUGGCCAUCUGGAUGGCAGCCGUAGUGGACGAGUCCGUGCACCAGACCCACUCCUAUGAUAGUUCCCACGGCAACGCUAGCCACCUUCACCUCACUCCUGACCAGCGAGCGGGCAGCUCGGUGGGAGGAGACUGUUCCUGCAACACAGCCAUCUGCCAGAUCUUCCAGCAGGGCUACUUCUACCUGUAUCCCUUCAACAUUGAGUAUAGCCUGUUUGCUUCCACCAUGCUGUAUGUCAUGUGGAAGAAUGUGGGCAGGCUGCUGGCCUCCUCCACACAUGGCCACGGCCACGGCCACGGCCACACGCCGUCCCGGGUCAGCCUCUUCCGGGAGACCCUUUUCGCUGGCCCGAUCCUGGGCCUGAUGCUCUUUGUGGUGGGGCUGGCCGUCUUCAUCAUCUAUGAGGUCCAAGUGAGUGGGGAGAGGGGCCGCACCCAGCAGGCCCUGGUCAUCUACUACAGCUUCAACAUCAUCUGUCUGGGGCUUAUGACCUUGGUCAGCCUGAGCGGCUCAAUCAUCUACCGUUUUGAUCGCCGGGCCAUGGAUCACCAUAAGAACCCCACUCGAACCCUGGAUGUGGCACUGCUGGUGGGUGCUGCCCUGGGCCAGUAUGCUAUCUCCUACUACUCUCUCGUAGCCGUGGUGGUGGGCACACCCAGGGACCUACUGGGGGGGCUCAACCUAGCCCAUGCUCUGCUCAUGAUCGCCCAGCACACCUUCCAGAAUGUGUUCAUCAUCGAGAGCCUCCACCGGGGACCACCCGGGGCUGAACCUCAUGAUACCACCCCCAAAGAGUCCUGCCAUGGCCUUACCUUUGCCAACCUGGAUGCCCUCCACACCUUGCCUGCCUGCCCACCCACUCCCAGGCUGGUUGGCACCAACCCAGUGGACCCUCAGGAAACAAUGGCUAUCAUCUUGGCCCCCAGGGGCCACUGGAGACGCCGGUGCCUGAAGGACAUUUCUCUGUUUCUCCUGCUCUGCAAUGUCAUUCUGUGGAUCAUGCCUGCCUUCGGAGCCCGCCCUCACUUCAGCAACACUGUGGAGGUGGACUUCUAUGGCUACUCGCUCUGGGCAGCCAUCGUCAAUAUCUGCCUGCCCUUCGGCAUCUUCUACCGUAUGCAUGCUGUCUCCAGCCUGCUGGAGGUCUACGUGUUGUCCUGA